UGUAUCCAAAAAGAAGUACAUUUUUAAAUUUUCUUUUAAUAAUAACAGAAAAAGUAGACAAAACCUUUGAAAAGUAAAUGCGAGUUUGUUCCAAUGGGAUUUUUUCUUUUCAUUUGAUACCAAACUCAAGUAGCUUAAGGCUGCUUUAGGCCCGAGAAGCAUAAGUAAACAACUACAUGAAAAGAAAUAAAGGAGAAAAGAGCGAAAAAAAAGUACGGCACUGUGCGAAAGCUUCUUAUCAGCUGCAGCAACAACAACAACAAUCGGUGAAAGUCGGAGGCAGCCACGAAUCAACCGAUAGAGAACUUUGUAACGAAUCUCUGACGUGUCAGAAUAGAAAACUUGGAAAAUUCAGUUGCAAAAAUUUAAAUAGAAUGUGCGGUUCACCUAAUCAAACCGUGGGCAAUGGGACUCGAGCUCUCAUCCUUGUUGGUGGCUAUGGUACCCGUCUCCGUCCACUGACAUUGAGCACACCCAAGCCAUUAGUGGAGUUUGCAAACAAACCAAUCCUUUUGCAUCAAUUGGAGGCUUUGGUGGAUGCAGGUUGUCGUCAGGUUAUAUUGGCUGUUAGCUAUCGGGCUGAACAAAUGGAACAGGAAUUGAAAGUAGAGGCCGAUAAACUGGGAGUGGAGCUAAUUUUCUCACAUGAGACUGAACCACUCGGAACUGCUGGUCCUUUGGCAUUGGCCAAACCCAUUCUCUCAGCCAGUUCCGAACCAUUCUUUGUUCUCAAUUCGGAUGUCAUAUGCGAUUUCCCAUUCAAACAGUUGGUGCAAUUUCAUCGUAAUCAUGGCAAAGAGGGUACCAUUGUGGUAACCAAAGUAGAGGAACCUUCGAAAUAUGGUGUUGUUCUUUAUGAUGAACAAGGCUGCAUUAAGAACUUCAUUGAGAAGCCACAAGAGUUUGUUAGCAAUAAAAUCAAUGCUGGAAUCUAUAUUUUCAAUCCAUCUGUACUGGAACGCAUCGAAGUGAAACCCACAUCAAUUGAAAAGGAAGUGUUUCCCAAUAUGGCUCAGCAACAAGAAUUAUAUGCCAUGGAUUUGACUGGUUUCUGGAUGGACAUCGGACAGCCUAAAGAUUUUCUAACCGGCAUGUGUCUUUAUCUCAGUUCGCUGCGUCAAAAGCAAUCAAACAAACUCUACACUGGAGCUGGAGUUGUUGGCAAUGUUUUAGUGGAUCCAACGGCAACAAUUGGUGAAGGUUGCCGCAUCGGUCCAAAUGUCACAAUCGGUCCAAAUGUCAUCAUCGAGGAUGGUGUCUGCAUUAAGCGUUCGACCAUAUUGAAAGGUGCUAUAGUUCGUUCCCAUUCCUGGCUAGACUCUUGCAUUGUGGGCUGGCGUUCCACAGUGGGGCGUUGGGUGCGUAUCGAGGGCAUCACCGUCCUUGGUGAAGAUGUCAUUGUUAAGGAUGAGCUCUAUGUGAACGGAGGUCAAGUGUUGCCACACAAAAGCAUUGCGGCAAGUGUGCCGGAACCGCAAAUUAUUAUGUGAGAAGAUGUCAUCAUCAUUACCAUUAACGAGAAUGGGCGAGCUGCGAAUUAGAAUUAAUGUAAAUCUAUAUUAUUUAAAAAUUUGUUUCAUCAAUUCGGUAUUGAAAUGCUGCACACCAAUUGCCUUCUGUUUUCUAUAUAUAUUUUUAUAUAAAUUAAAUGUCUAAAUGUUUAAGCUAAAAGUUUUCACAAAAGAAAAAGAUAAAUGAAAAACAACAUCAACAAUUCCAAUAACGACGACUCGUUUCUAAACUGUUUUACAAUUCUUUUAUACUAUUUAAAAUAAAUUAAAAUUUAGUGAAAAUAUAUAGAUAUAGAGAUAUAUAUCCAAAA